AUGAACGAGGUCUUCGAACAGCUUCUGGACAAGAAAUGUGGACCAUACGUGACAGAAGACGACUUGAAGUAUUUUGUUGAUCAGUUAAAAGAAACGAGACACCAGGUGCAGAAGUGGUUCGAACGUAAAAGAGAAAAAACAAAAACCAACAAAAAUAAGAAUCUGCAUUCCUCUUCAAAGCAACCAUUGAUUCUUGGAUCAACCAAAAUGGCUUCAAUGGCAACAACAAUAAUUGCACACCAAUCAAUCUCUGUUUCUUCAAGCCAAAUUGUAUCUCCACCGCUGUGGACACCACCACCGCUAAUGCUCACUGGACCAUCAAUCCCAGAUGCAUCAAACCUCCUGUCACUGACUCCGACUUCCGCAACUGUGCCAAGCUCUCUACCGCUGUCCUUGAACGUUGUUGCUGCACCGAAUAAUCUUUCAGUGGUCCCGAACGCCGAAACUGCAUCUGAUGCACUGCCUCUGAUCCCGCUGGCCGACAUUGCUAUCUUGGACGUUCCAAUUCCACCAAAGCAAUGCGCAAUGACCGAAGAACAAAUCAAUCCAGACGAGGAGUUCCCGUUUUGUUUCGUCAAAAAGUUUGCUGCCAACAAUUAUAUUUGCAAUGCAUGCCGUUUUCACGUUCUUCAGAAGAGCUUCUGUGAACCUCUUACUUGGGAAGCAAAGAUUGAACAACUAAUGCGUCCUGUUUUUAGGAAUUUAAAAUCAUAA